ACCUGUAUAUUGUUGAUCUACUGGACUUUCGGACGAGUGUUUGGCGCUACGGUCUUCUCUAUUUUUGAUUCUAAUAUUUUAUUAAAACCAUAUUAAUACACAGUAAAAAAUGGGGUGUUAAUAUUUCAGAGUAAAGUUAUUUUAACCCAGGUAGAGUAUUUUUAACAUUUUGGAGAGUAAAGUUGCUCUAUCAGUGGAGUUAAAAGUGAGUGUAAAAAUCUGCAGAAACGCGCGACAAUUUCAACUCUACAGCAGUGAUGAAUACCCGCCACUCUGUUGUGAUGAAGUUUGGCAGUUGGCACAUAUAUGUCGGUGGAGGAAGAUUGCAAAGGAGUAACUGAACGUUAUAGGCCACUGAGGGGCAAAAUGCUGUUGCGUGUUCAAUUCGGGGAAGAGCAGAAAUACAUAAAGCUAUCUGAGCUGACAUUUGAUGCUUUCUUGAAAGAAGUGUGUCUAAAAUUCAACAUACCAGAAAGCAGGCAGCCUGACAUUAAGGUGUAUGACCAGUCAGACACAGAAGUUGACACAGAGGUUUUUGAAGAAAUAGUGAAGGAGUCACCUGGAACUUUCAGAAUCAUGCUGGGCAAUGGAGGACUUGGUGCCUCUCAAUCAUCAUCAUGCUCGGGUACAUCUGAUGACACCGUCAUCCUGAAUUUUAUGAUGUGUGACCCUGUUGAAGAAGUAGCCGCUGCUGAAGGAAGCCAGCCUAAAAGGCCAUGCCACAUAAACUAUGAGGCAAAAGUGUUGAUUGAAAAAAUCCUUACAUCAAAGCCUGGCGGUGAACGCAUUAUGCAAGAGUAUGGAAAAACCAAAUCUCUGACAGACGCCACCAGAAGACAGAUGAUAAACAUACUUGCUGCUGAGAUGACAGAAACACAUGGGACAUCCCCCCCCAAAAGUGUCAGAGUGAUGUAUGCACAGGGGAUAGUAGCUUUGUUUCCCUAUCUAGAAGACCCAUACUCACAACAUGGAUAUGAACAUUACUAUGAUCCGGAGAGUGGUUCGGGAUACCUUGCAUGGCGAUUGAAGACCAUACAAAGAAAAACAGCAGAGGAAAGAGGUGCCUCAGUCAACAAAUCUCCUAAAGUUGGUGGGCCAGGCCGUGGUCGUCAGCCCUUCGCCUAUGACAGAGAGCCAUCUGAUGAGAAUGUGGAAGCAGCUAUUGCUGUUUUGAGACACUCUGCUGAUGAAAAGACUGUCCGUGAGAAGAUGAAAAUGACCUUCAUAUAUCGGCAAGCAAUGGUCAACGAUGAAGCCAAAUCAUCAGAUGUCUUCUUGGUCUUCCCACGAUUUCUGGACACACCAGGACUGAUAGAAGAAGAUUUCAGACUUCUGUUUGGUGAGGCCACGGCCAACAAAUUCUUGGAGAAGUGGCCAACCACUUUCAAAACAAAAGUAAUAAAGGAAAGCCAUGGACUUGUACCCACCACAGAACUCUUGGAUUUGAUGCGCAAUGCUGAGUCAGCUGCUGAAGUUGAGAAUGGCUGGGACAGUGACAUGUCUGCCAUCUUGCUGCUGCUACAUUUGCUACCACCAUCUGCACAAGGUAGAAAGAGGCCGGGAAAGAUGUCUGCAUAUCAAGCCGUAGAUCAGCUCAUCAGAUUUCAAAAGAAUCUCAAGAUACGCCACACAUUACGUCAUGACGUUGGAAAGGUCACGCGGGACAUAGACGUAAGCCGGUUCGAAAAGGUUGGAACCAGUGUGCAGCAGCAUCUAGACAACAUCACCCAAAGCAGUCAGCCCUACCUUCUCGCCCAGGGAUCCACACAGAGCACCAUUCACUCCUACUUCAUUGUGGUUGACAAGCAUGCACUUCCAUGCAAGGCAAAAGGUUCAGUUGGAGCUUUUGACGAACUCUUUAAAGCCCAUUACGUCUUUGCUGAGAAGCAGACAAUACAGAUCCAGAUGUUCUAUGAUGACUUUGAGGUCGCCAACCCUCUGGGUCCUAAGCGAGAUUGA